AUGACACCAUCUCAGUGCACCAACUGCGGUCGUUUCAAGUUCAAAUAUAGUGACUGCGCUCAUUGUAUCAAGCAGGGCAUCGACUGCGUGGACCCUCCAGGUGGAUAUAAGCCAGGCAGACGACAGAGGCCUUGCGCUGAGCAGAGCAGCAGCAAUAUCUUGUCGACUCCAGCCCCAGCUAAUUCCAUAAACCACCCUUCUGCUUCUUAUCCCUCUUCCCCAAUCAUCCAAAAAUCAAUAAUCGCCCAAACACCCUCCGGGCGCGAGCCGGAAGAACAGCCUGAAGCUCUACUAUAUUCCCCGUGGGAUCCAGAAAGUGCUACGAAGUCUCCAGUCCAGGCUCGCACUUCAUUUCAGUCAAAUGCAUACAGCGAGUACUCAACGGAGUAUCUCCAUUCCAGCGGACCAGCUGCCGGCCCAGACUCCAAUUACCUGCACGGCUAUCAUAGUGGACCCUUUCCAGGGUAUGCCGAAUGCAUCAAUGAGUCUCGCGAGAAAGCAGUAGAGCCUACAAAUCCGGACCCUCAAAACGCGGCGGACCCUACUGGAGCCAAUGACAUCUUAAGCUGCGCAGGAUUUGCUUACAUGCUUGAGCAUUACACCAAGAACAAGCCAGAAGUGGACAUAAUAAUGAGAACGACGGAACACUCCCUUAACGUAGUAGGUAGCUUUCUGGAAGCGGAGGAGGAAAAUCGCAGUCUAACCCUUUUAAUGCUGACUUAUACGACCCUUGCCCACACUGUGACCCUUUUCGAGAGCGUUGUAGCCCAGAUGCCUCUUCCAGUCUUCGAAGCGACAAGUGCCUCGACCGGUGGCAUGCCAGCGUUAAAGUAUAGGUUGCAAGAAGAAACCAACAAGCUGGCAGACGAUCUGCGGGAACAGAUCGACCAAUGUUAUCAGCUGGUGGGGAUUCUAAACACUAGGCUAAUCAAUCCAAGUGAUCCUAUCAGCCCCUAUCGUCGACUGACAUAUGCUCUCCAAACCAAACUGCAAUCACUUGCGGGAAGGAGUCUAACAUUCGGAUCAGCACGGUCUGAUUGCUGUACGAAUUAG